GUUAUACUGCAGCGGGGUUUUAAACACGUGGUAGUGUAACAUGUUUGAAAACUUACAAUACCAACUUGUUCCGAUAAUCAGGUUAUACUAACCUCGCUUUCGUGUUCCUUCUGAUUACUGUCAGUUGCUUUUGGUCAUAUAUGCAAAUACACUCUAUGUGCCAAAUGAGUCAUCGGCUCACUUAUCCUUCUAUUCCAGAUAUUCUCACUGCUACUAACGUUCAUCUAACACACAAGGUACCUUCAGGCUAGAAGCAAACCUUCCAAAGGCUGAGCUUUACAUUGUUGUGGUGCGUUAGUCGGUUUGUUUCUGGUUUCGAUGUCACGGCUGUCUAAAUCCAAAGCUUGUGUCAGUGCUAUUUGUUGUGCAUUCUUUCCUUAAUAACUGUAAGUGUAUUAUGUAUGCUUGCUCGGCCGUCGAUCCACUUUUACUUCUUUUUUCCUCCCAGCUGUCGCCAUGUUAUUCUACAUGCUCUCCGGUACACAAAGUAUCUUCUAGCUAGGUGCGAAUCGCUAAAAGUAGGGCUGAUGUUAGCUUUGAGUCCUAAUUCUUAUGUCAACAUUACUGGCUGUGAUUAUCGAACUUUCGUAAUAGUGCGAUUUUGUUUUCUUUAGUUUUCGGUAGUUUUGGUUAUUAAAUGUAAGUGGAUUCUAUGUUUACUGGGUCAUCGACUCACUUUUUCUUUUGCUCUCUUUUCCAGCUUUCGUCACGCACUCCACUUUGCACGCUCCCCUAGCACUCCGAGCAUCUUCAAUUUUGACGCGAAACGCUAAAUAUUACGUCAACUUUAGAAAUGACACUUCCUUAUGGAAUCCAAUCUACCGCUUUGCUAAAUACUUCAUAUAUUGGAAACACAUCGAAGCAUGUGUCAGAAGAAUUCUUGUUUUUAGAAUCCAAGUGGGCUCAAGUAUUUACGGGAUUAGUUGCUUUUACUGCAAUUGUCAUUACCUGCCACCAAAUUUAUUUGCAUCUAAUUAAUUAUACUUGCCCAAAUGAGCAAAGAUGGGUCGUUCGAAUUUUAUUCUACGUGCCAAUCUAUGCAUUUGAGUCAUGGCUAAGCUUGCUUUUCCUAAAACAUGAAGAUUACUAUGUAUAUUUCGAUUCUGUACGAGAUUGUUAUGAAGCAUUUGUGGUCUACAGUUUUCUAAGUUUGUGUUAUGAAUAUCUCGGUGGAGAAAGUUGCAUUCUGUCGGAAAUUCGUGGUCGUGAGUUACCGCGAUCAUGGGGAUUUUGUACUUGUUGCUUUUAUAAUCAAACGUAUACAAUUGAGUUUCUGCGAUUUUGCAAACAGGCAACUUUACAGUUUUGUGUGAUUAAACCGUUGACAUCAAUUGUAACUAUUAUUCUACAAGCUGUUGGCGUAUAUAAACAUGGAAUUUUCAGCUCUACAAAUGGCUACUUAUAUGUGACAGUAGUAUAUAAUGGAUCUGCAUUUGUGGCACUUUAUGCUUUACUUUUAUUCUACUUGGCUACUCGAAGCAUCCUACAACCAUUUGAUCCUGCAAUCAAAUUUGCUGUAGUUAAAUCCGUUGUAUUCUUAUGCUUUUGGCAAGGUAUUAUACUAGCUAUUCUAGAAAAAACUGAAGUUCUGCCCGCUUUGCCGAGUACGAACGCCGGUACAGUUGCAGCAGGCAUACAGAAUUUCUUGAUAUGCUUAGAAAUGUUAGUCGCCUCAUUUGCUUUACGCUUCGCUUUUCCCUCACAACUAUAUGCUGAUGGAGUCGGAACUGGACCAGCAAAUAGUGGCUAUGAUAGUCUUGGUGGAGUUGGUGGUGAAGUUUCUCUUGAAUCCAAGAAGCGUGGAUUUCUACCGUCUUCUGAUUCUCUACGUAGUCUGCGGGAUACAUUCAAUCCUAAAGAUAUGUUUAAUGAUGCGAUCCAUAAUUUUCAUCCGAAUUAUCAAAAAUACACUCAACAACGUAACCUCAGUGAUUUCGAUGAUGAAACAAUCGAUUCUUAUCAAGGUAAUACAUUUAAUGGUAAUACUGAUCUAACUAAUAUUCAAUCAACAGUACCAGCUCCACCAAUACCACCACCACUAAGACCAUAAUCCAAUUAAAUGAUCUACUUUCACUAAUUGCUUUGAUAUUAAAGAAGCCAGAUAAUCUGUUUUGUUUUUGUUUCUCGUGGUUUUCUUUUUUUAUAUUUUCUUUAGUGUUAGAUAUUGUUUCCAUGUGUUUAUUUAUCAUGUAUAUCUAUCUAUGUGCGUGUGUGUUGUUUAUACUUGUGCUUUUACUUUAUGUUCAUAUCAAAUGAUCUUGUUGUUAUUCCUAUUUCAUUCUCUAUAGAUUUAUUUUAUCAUAUUAACUUGUCGGUUCAUUUAUGAUUACAUGAUAGAUGAUGACCCAAGCAUUGUAGAUUUUUCUCUUUUCAUUUUUUUGUAAUCAUUACUUUCGCAAAUCACUUAAUAUACACUAUGUCGUUUGACUAUUAUCUUUCCUAUUUAUCUCUCUAACGUUGUUUAUUUAUUAUUGUCUAGUCUAAACAAGCACUGCUCAUAUAUUUCAUACUACAGAUUAAUCGAAAGAUUGUUAUUAGGAAGGAAAUUUUACUGUACAUAAAUUAAUAUUUACUAGUAAAUAGAAUAGAAUAUUUUUCGUAUUCAUCUAAUCUCAUUUGACCAUUACCUACAGCGAAAGUUAUUUUUAGGCAUUUUUUGUCAUGUUUUUAAAAAAGAACUUGUUACUGCAUGCAUUUAAACUUCUUCUUCAGAACAUACAGUUAUUUAAUUCUUUCUGAUAUGGUAGUAUGUGAAUGAUUAUUAAUUCACCCCUUGACAAGAUUCGAUUUGUGGAUUAUUUGAGAAUAUCGUUUUGUUCGUCUCAUAUAUUGUUCAUUUGUUUGUCUUCGUGUGUUUAUAUCCCCGUGUUUCUACCAUAACUGUAUGUGCUAGUAUGUAACACUGGCAAAUAUUGUUUUACUAGUAGAUUUAAUUUUUUGUUGUUUCGUCAUCGCUAUUAAUUUUAAUGUUAUUCUUCAUAAUAUCAACUGUGUGUAUUAUAUUAUUCAUUGUCUUCAUAAUAUAUAAAUUUGAACUAGUCAA